CCCCAGGUCCCCAACUAUGGUAAAAUCCAGCACAAGAGAUCCUAUGCCUAUUCCAGGGCCACAACCCAGAAGAGAAGAGGUACUCCAGCAGAUGUCGCAUCCCACAGCAACAACUACGCCUGCAAUGACUGCCACUGCAAUCCCCUUCGAGAAUUGGAGCAGCGACAUUUGAUCGGAGUUUGCAGCUCCCAAUGCAGACAAGGAUGCUCAUGUAUUAACAGCAUUCACCACAAACCCAACUGUUCCUUAAGCCCCUUACCUGACUGCAAGAGUCCUCCAUUCCAGAAAAUGAGCUUUCAUUUGCAAGGUAUGGCGGACUCCGAUGGGAAUCAAAGGUCCUCCUUGCAGAUUCAUCCAUGGAAACACAAGAGAUUCUCAACAUGAUAGAGGAAAUCUCAACCAGACCCAUGAAUCUAACUCAUGACAUUAUUUCCAAAGUCCACCCCCACCUAUCCACAUGGAUUAAGAAAUAUGGUAUAACAGAAAUGCCAACUCUAAUUUUUUUUGUUUGUUUGGAAUUGCAAGAUUACAAUUUAACCAUCUGUAUGUAAAUUAAUAUAGGGAUGAAUUUUAACCAGAUGUCAAAGGUUAUUUGAAGAAGAUAUUUGGAGAUGGCUUAGUGAUAUCUGAAGGUGAGAAAUGGGCUAUAAGAUGAGGAAACUAGCCAACUAUGCAUUCCAUGCUGAAAGCCUAACAGUACGUACUGCUACUCUCUACGUCCGGCCCGACCGCCUCUCUACCGGUUCACCCUUGUUUCCUCGACCACCGGUUCUUCAAACCCAUCUCCACACCCCCAAGACCAUCCCCGCCGCCGCGAAAGCUGGAGCGUGGAGAACACUGGUGGUGAUUCCAGCGCAGCGGCGAGUAUUGGCGGGGAGCGCAAGGGCGGGGUCUCGAGCCGAUGAUUCGGCGCCGUUCGAGAUGUCCGUGGAGAACGCGCUCGAGCUACUUGGAGUGUCUGAAGGCGCCUCCUUUAGCGACAUCCUUCGCGCCAAGAACUCGAUCGUGGCUUCGUGUAAGGACGACCCCGAGGCGGUUGCACAGGUUGAGGCGGCAUAUGACAUGCUGCUUAUGCAGAGCUUAACUCAGCGCCAAGCGGGAAAAGUUGCUAGUAGUAGAAUCCGGUAUGCUGAUGUCAAAUCUACCAAUGCUCCUGGAACAGGAUCAAUGCAGCAGUGGCUACAGGCUACUUUCAAGAACACACCUGUUUCGUUUGAGGCACCAUCGACUGGUAAUCUGGGCAUACAAGCAGGUGUAUAUGGAGCAUUGAUGGUUUUAACAUAUGUUAAUGGAGCUUCCACAUCCUCGACAGCAGCUUAUGCUGGGAGUGAUGUUCCAGGGUUGAUAUUGGGUACAAGUUUUGGAGCUUCUUUAUACUUCAUGACCAAAAAGAAUGUGAAGUUAGGAAAGGCCACAGUAAUAACAAUAGGGGGGCUUGUGGCAGGUGCCUUGGCUGGGUCUGUUGUUGAGAACUGGUUGCAAGUAGACAUUGUGCCGUUUCUUGGCAUACACUCCCCAGCUGCUGUGGUUAGUGAAUUUGCACUGUUUUCUCAACUCUUGGUUUCUCUGUAUCUACGAUAGGCGAAAGACGACGUUUUGAUCAUUGUAACUUGAAUCAUAGAACCUGUACUUAUUCAUUUGUACUAAUAUCCGAGUUUGAUAAGGAUGUAUAUCAUUGCAAUUUGUACAAAACUAUUUUGUAAGUUAUAAUGUAACUUGAAUUACAUUGAAUCAAUCUUCUUGAUUCCUAGAUGAACAGCC